UACACUUUUUGUUGCUGGAACCAAGUCGAAGUACAUUCCUUCAAAGGUCCAUCCCACUAUUAAAACGCUAUUUCCCAAUUCGGUGAUUGUUGAGUUAGAUACCGGUCAUUGGGUUCAUUCCGAGAAGCCUCUUGAAUUUACAACGAUCGUGACGGAUUUUUUGAAAAAUGGUCUUUCUAA